AUGGUUACUAAUACCACUACAGAGGACAGCCUUUUGAAUGGCACUGUGCCGAAUUCCAAGGUAAAUUUCAACCAAGAUUGGAUGAAAAACAACGGCAGUGCAGAGACACUUUCUACUCCUGGAUCCCCUAGCAAUCAAAGCAUCAAACGAAAACGCAGCUUCACAGAUUCAGCACAGGACAGAAAACUGCAGAAAUUAUCGAGCAGCUUGGCAAACGACAUUGCUCGAAGCCUGUCAGUAUCGAUGGACGAUGUGGACAUGACAGCACCUUCACAACCAUACCCUUUUGUUGCAUAUAAUAAACCCUUGAACGAAGAGAACCCAAUGCCAGCAUUGCGUCGGAUAUCACUGAGCGGCACUUUGAACCCACCUUCAGCAUCCAGCAUGGAGCAAUGGCUGAAACUGCAAGCACAGAAUCACAAUAUACCCUUUUCCGAAUACAACACUAUAUUUCACGAUAAACAAAAGCUACUGCGAAAAGAAUUAGAGCUGUUACAAAGGCCAGAUCAAUCCUUUGACUCGUUGCGCGAUCACUUGUCAAAGGUCUUACGAUUAGCCGAUGAACUCAGUGGAGACCGCACAAAGCCAUUUAUCGAAAUAUUUCCCGAAUGGACUUUGUACGAGAGCCGCAUCAGCACACUCGCUGCAUUUGUGCAAUCAAUAGAGGACAUGAGCUUCUCGAUCAACAACACGAUACCACAGACGGAUGACUUGGUGGAGGACAUCAAAGGCUUGCAAUCGCUAUUGGAUACUAAAAUGGCGAUAUAUGGAGAUGCGCUUAUACAGAACGGAUUGGAGUGGAAGGCAAUGGGUAUGCCAGUGGAUGAACAGCUCUUGAACGCAACAAAGGACUGGAUACAUAAGCUGUGUGUGGAUUUACUGGAUGCUUUGGAUGCAGAAUGCAAGAAAGUGCAAUCCCUUGUGGGCGACAUGGGCGAGCUUGUUGAUAUGCCUAUUGGCGAAAAUUUGAUGGCAUCUAUUCUAGCAGGCCUCGAAUUCAUUGCAGACGCAUCUACGUUUAUAGGCUACACAUCGCAGAAACUUGUUUAUGAUUGCCGUGUGCUGGCUACCAUCUAUGGGCAGUGGACAUCCGAGAACCUGGAUCACAUCCAUGACAAGCCUGUGGAUGUCAAUAUGAAGAAAUCGAGCUCCUCCAACACAAAAAGAGUCGACAUUCGAUAUAUGCAAAUCAUGGAUAACAUCACCCGCGUACUCACUGCAUUAUACGCAUUGUCAGAUUUGGAUAUGCUGCACAGAGACAUCAUGCACCUGUCAAGCUCAAUGACAUCGGCGGAGAAUCUGACCUCGGUCUUGGUGGAACUCACCGUAAGAGCGGUCAGUGUGAUUGAAAUGGAACGCAAAAACACAUCUGUUACAGCCAAAAUAGCAGGAAACAUCAUGACCAAUCCUCAAACAACGUUUAUAUACAUGGGAGAAUCCCUACUUAGCUUUGCAGACAGGAUUGUGGAAUUGGCAGGGAGAGAAUGGACAGAUGGCAAUCGAGUCAAGACAUUGCACACUUAUUUAGAGGAUCUGGAGAAUUCACUUAGUAAUUAA